CACACGCUUGGAGCGCAGAUAGGAAAGGCAAAAAAGCUGAAUCGCUCUUUUCGGUCGUUUCGGCAAUUCGGUUUCGGUUUCGGUUUAUUAGUCUCGCUGUCGGAGUCGGAGUCGGUAUCGGUAUCAGUGUCGGUGCCGUUGGUCUGGCCAGAUCGGUUAGUUGCAACUUCAGCGAUUUUCUCGGCUAUUGCAUUCGGCUGUUGCUUUGAUUGAUGAACUGUACAUUUGAGCCAACAGUUGCCGACACGGUGUCGGUCAGUGCAGUCAGUUGGACGCGUUGUUGCAACAACAGAACAGUUUGAGCUUGCAACUUUCAAGCUGCGUCAGAGUGUCAGUCAGAGGUACGAAAACAGAAAUCGAAUUUCAAGACCAGGAGCAGGAACAGAGCAGUGCAAUCAAAAUAUACUUACCCCAGUGCUUGUUUGUGCUUCGUUAUUUCGGUUGCGCUAUUUAUUUUUAUGUGAUGGCCGCAUUGUGACGCUUUUUGGACAUUUGCUUGUGGAUUUUAUAGCGCUGCCCGCAGGCGCUUUAUACUAAAAACCCUCGAGUCAACAACUGGCAAACAAAAUAAUAAGUUCAAUUCGCAUUCGCAUUUCAAAAAUGUUUAUCGCGCUCGCGUUGACCCCAUACCCAAACUCAUUCAGUGCUUUAGUUCCAGUGCCACACUGCUGCUCCUCCUCCGCCUCCGCCACCGCCUCCUGCUCUUCAUUGUCGUUGUGUGCUUUGCCUUCAUAAAUUAUACAAGCGCAUUUAGCUGCUGAUGAAAUGUUUGACAACGCGACGUAUACGCAAUACGCUUGAACUUGUGAGCAGCGCAAACUAAAGAGCAAGCCUCAACAUGAAUUGCUUGUGUCGACCCUCGCGGAUAAUGUCCGUGCGCAUUAAUCUGCUGGAUGAAACCGACUUUAUACACGAAAUCAAGGAUGAUUUGCCGGGCCAAGCUUUGCUGGAUGUCGUUUUUGCCAGGCUCAAUUUAAUCGAGACUUCAUACUUUGGCAUACGCUACAUAGACGAUGAGAAUCAAACGCACUGGCUGGACCCAGCGUCACGUAUUUCACGCCAACUCAAACCCAAAUCGGAUCCAUACGAUUUGUACUUUGGCAUCAAGUUCUACGCAGCCGAUCCCUGCAAGCUGCUCGAGGAAAUCACCAGAUACCAACUAUUCCUGCAAGUCAAGCAGGAUGUGCUGCAAGGACGUCUGCCUGUGGCCUUUGAGCUGGCCGCCGAGCUUGGCGCAUUCGUAGUGCAAUCUGAGCUGGGCGACUAUGAUCAGCGACGUCACUCCAAGGGCUAUGUGUCGGAGUUUCGCUUGCUGCCAAACCAGAGCAGCGAGCUGGAAGCACGCGUCUCGGAGCUGCAUCAGCAGCUGAAGGGCAUGUCGCCGUCCAGCGCUGAGCUCAACUAUUUGGACAAAGUCAAGUGGCAUGACAUGUAUGGCGUUGAUCUGCAUCCAGUGCUGGGCGAGGACAGUGUGGAGUACUUUCUGGGUCUGACGCCUAGCGGGAUUGUCGUGCUGCGCAACAAGACGACGGUGGCUCAUUACUAUUGGCCGCGCAUUGCCAAAGUUUAUUAUAAAGGACGCUAUUUUAUGCUCAGGAUAAGCGAUAAAAAUAAUGAGCUCAGCACUUAUGGCUUUGAAACUCCACGCAAAUCGGCGUGCAAACAUUUAUGGCGCUGCUGCGUCGAGCACCACGCGUUCUUCAGACAGGUGCGCGUUGCACCGCUGCCCAAUUCCCAGUCUCAUGCAUCGGAUUUAUUUCAGCUGGGAUCACGCUUUCGACACAGUAGUCGCACGGACAAGCCAACGGAGAAGGAUGCACUCGCCGCUGGACGUGCUCCGCCUGCUUUUACGCGCGUACCCUCCAAGCGCCAGCCACGACGCGUGAUUGAUGACUUUUUCAACAGCAAUGGUAGUGGCGGAGUCGGAGUCGGAGGCGGAGGCGGAGGCGGCAACGCCAGCAUACUCAUUGGCAGCCGACCGCUGCCGCAGCCUCUGCCGCUCCAGAGUUUGGGCAACGCCAACAACUACGACAGCCCCUACCGCUCCACCUACAGCAUACCCACCAGCCUGGGCGUGCGUCCACACAAUCAGUCGCAGUCGCAAUCCCAGCAGUUCCAGCAGCAGCAGCAGCAGAACAACAACUCCAGCAGUUACAACAACAAUGGCAGCAAUUUGCAGACACCUGACUCGCCGCGCAGCACGCGCAGCGCUCCCUGGCCGCGCUCCCAGCAGCGCUCGCUCUUCGGCCACAAUCCAUCCAGUCCGCGCUCGGUGCGCUCAGUGAGCACCACGGGCGGUGGCAUGCACCAUCAUCAUAGUCAUCACAGUCAUGGCCAUGGCACCAGUCAUCAUCAGCAGUCCUCGCAUCAUCAUCAUCAGCAACGACAGCAGCGAGCCAGCUCCACAUCCGCGCCGCAUCAGCAGCAGCAGCAGCAGCAACAGCAGCGCUAUCGCUCCAGCUCCGUCGAGAGUCAUUCAUCGAAUGACUCGCGCUCCACUCGCAGACACAAGCAUCGCCAUCGUCGCACCUCGGACAAUGAGAGCGAAUUGUCGCGCGGCUCGGGUCGCUCGGGACGCUCGCAUCAUCGCAAGCAUCGACGCUCGCAUAGGCAUCGACGCGACUCGGCGGGUGGCUCGGAUCAUGACAGCACACGUGGACGCAGUUACUCUGGUCAUCGCAGCUCCUCCAUGCGCAGCGGCAGCGCCGAGCUCAUCGAUUCCACCUCGCAGUGGCGCGAAGUGCAGCGGCGCCAGGCGGAGGCCAGUCUGGGCCAGAGCUCAGUGCAGCAGGCGUCCGUUUCCAAGAGCAGCAUGGUAGCCCGUAGUCUUCACAGCAACGACAGCCACUCGGACACGCAUUCGCAUCACAAGUCGCGGCGUCAUCGCAAGAAUAAAUCUCCCUCGGAGUCGCGUAGUCGCAUGUGGAACAGCGAGCUGGCCAAGCACUUGCAGUUCGAUCUGGUCGACACGGAAGGCAUGUCCGAGCAGCAGCUCCGCGAGAUUCCCUACACCGUGGUGGAGACCAACUCGAAGCGCUCCAAUUCCAAUCUCAAGAUUCACAAGAGCAACAGCAAGAGCAGUGUGGGGGCCAAGAGCAAUGGCUCUGGCAACACCAUCACCAACGGCAGCAAUUCCGCGAGCACAGGCCAAGCCAAGAAUCGCGUAGAUCGCAUUCGAGGACUCUACUAUCAAAACUCACAUCCACACGAGGGCAAUGCAGUGGGCGCCGGUGCAGGCAACGCCACCAAAAACGGGUCCAUACGCUCCGCCAGCACGAUUUCUUCCAGGGAAUGCGAACGCAACAAUGGACAUGGUCUAGUUCGCAUGAUGUCCAGCAUGAGCAUGGGCGAUUUUAUCUCACCCACAGGCUCAAACUUGAGUCCACUGGAGAACUCUGCGUUGCGUGUUUCGCAUGAGCACACGGAUUCUGGCUUGGGAGCCGAUCAAGACUAUGCCUAUUCCUCUGAGAGAUCCAGCGACAGCACACGCUAUGGCACCAACAAAUCCUCGGGCGCCUCGAGUGGCAGUCAUCGCAAGUCGGUGGGCAGCGCCGGGGGCGGCGGCAAUGGCAACACCGGCGGCUACAACAGCCUCAUGCAACAGACUGUGAGUAAUCAGCAGCAGCAGCAGCGCUCGCUAUUCGCACAACAACAGCAACGCCAACAGAAGCCCAAUUACAAAUACUCCUCCGCCUCAUCCACUAACACGAGUCACAAUCCCAGCCAGACACUGGCGCCGGUGCACAAUGCAUCCUCAGCUUCAGCUACUAAUCCAACACAGACACCGCCGCCGCCGCCGCCGUCGUCAUCUGCCGCCGCCGCAACUGCUGGUGGUGCAGGUGGUGGCAGCGGCAGCGGCAGCGGCAGCGGCAGCAACAAAAGCAGCAGCGGCGCCGGCAAUCGCUUGCUCAGCUACACAACUUUUGAGAAUAAUCAGUACAAGUUCAGCUUGAACAAUGCGCUGGGCAAGGGAUCCGCCGGCAGCAGCAGCAAUCUAACGGGUAAUUUGGUGUCAGCUGGUGGUGGUAUGGGUGGUGCUUUCAGCAGACAGCGCAGCUUCGUGGAGUGGCCCAACAAUCCGGCGGCGCCCUACUAUUACCAAGGUCCCUCCUCGAGUGCGGCGCAGGUCAAGCGUCGCGACGCCAAGUCCGACAUUGGCGUGCCCACGCGCCGUCUCUCCGGCCAAAGUCUGACCAAGACGCAGCUGCUCACGGGUGGAGUGGCCGCAGGCAGUGCACAGUUGGCCAAUGCCAGCUGCUAUCCGCUGCAUCAUGUCGGCAAUGCGGGCUACAAUCGCGCCCUGGGCCAGCGCGGAUUUGCCGCAACUCAUGGGAAUAGCGGUGGUGGCGGCUUUGGACUGCAGCCAGCCAAGUCGGAUCUGUUUCUCUCGUACAUACACGGCGGCGAGUACGAGCGUCCCUAUAUCUACAACUACAAGAUGCCACAGAUGCCGCCUGGCAAUUUCACAGGCAGCGGCAGCAACUCCAACUCCAGCAACGGCUCACCCAAGCAGCAGCAGCAGCACCAGCAGCAGGCGAGUGCGUAUCACAUCUCAGGAGCACAGACUGCCGAUCCACCACCACCGCCGUUGUAUGGUGGCUCCGCGCCCGCGACUGAUGUCAUGUACUAUCAAUUUGACAAAGGCGCCGCUGUCAUGCCCGCGCAACAGCCGCCACCCAUUGUGCAGCAGCCCAAGGCGAUGGCGAUGGCGAAGCCGAAGGGGGGGUCUGUGGCUGGGCCAUUAGUGUAUCUGCAGCAUGGUCAGAAUGUAGCGCCGGCGAAUGUCACCUCGACGCAGCAAACUAGCGCAAUUCCAAGGCCCGCCCGCAUCGACCAUGCCGCCCACCAACAGCAGCAGCAGCAGCAGCAGCAACAACAACAACAACAGCAGCAGCAGGUUGCACUAGCAGCUGCUACAGUUAAUGCCUCGGCCCCACCGCCAACUGCUUUCUGCAAACUUUGGCUACAGCAGCAGCAACAGCAGCAACAACAACAGCAGCAACAACAGCAGCUUUUGGAGCAACAACAAGCUUGGCUAUAAGCAGCACAACGUGUAAGUGCAAAGUUAAACGAAACUACAUGCGGGCGCUCGCUCAAAAGUAUGCUAUGGAAACAUAGCAGCAGCAGCAACAGCAGCAACCAACAUCAACAACAAUAAACAACAUUUAAAAGCCGUUGGGCCAAAAGUUGUUGAAAACUUUGCGAGCUUUGUCGUUUGCAAAUUAAAUGUACAUUAUGCCAACAUGUAAAUAGAUAAUGUGUUCUACUAGUUGUACAUUUUUCAAACCUAUUUAUAAGUAUACACGUAUGUGUGCGUGUGUGAGAUCAAAGCAUCAAAUUGUGCUGAAAACUAAUUAAGUAAGCUAAAUAAUUUUUAAAAUAUUUACACACACAUACAUGUAUUUGCAAAAUAACAAUGUUAAUCUUAAGCAAAUAAUCAAAAAGCCAAAAAAGCAAAUUUAACAACAACAUCCACAGCAACAGCAACAAGAACAACAAGAGUGGCAAAUGCCUUAUGGCAUAAAAGCAAAAAUAAAUUGUGCGUUAAUGAUAAGCGGUGCACAUUUCAGCGGCAUAAAAUUUAUGAAAAUAUGCGAGCAGCAGCAGGACACAGGACACGCUGGCAUAGAGGCAGACAGCGCCAAAAAUUUAUGCUUACGAGUGUGUGUAGGACUCGCACACACACUUACACACACAUACAGAUAGAGAGGGAGACUGACACAGCAAGACAAAUACGCUUUAGGAGGAAAUCGUUAGCGAUAAAUAUAAAAUUUUAUUGUUAUGCGUGUGUUGCUUUUGCUUAUACAAGAGUGUGUGUGUGUGAGUGUGCUUACUAUAAAUGAGUGUAUAUGUGUGUUUGUUACAUAUACAAGUAAAUUAAAUAUGCUUUUUUAUUAACUACUAAGAACCAAUUUGAUACGCAUUUAAAUAAUGCCAACGCAAAAAAAUGGAAACAAGAAUAUUAUGUAAAAUUUAAUUUUACCGUAAAGCAA